AUGUUAUCCCGUGUUUCAGUUUUCAAACCUGCCAGCAGAGGCUUUUCCGUCUUAUCAUCUUUAAAGAUAACAGAACAUACAUCAGCAAAACACACCGAAAAACCUGAGCAUGCUCCCAAGUGUCAGAAUUUAUCAGAUGCUCAGGCUGCAUUUUUGGACCGUGUUAUUCGUGUAGAUCAAGCUGGCGAAUUAGGUGCAGACUACAUCUACGCUGGCCAGUACUUCGUGUUGGCUCAUAGGUACCCUCACUUGAAACCUGUGCUAAAGCACAUAUGGGACCAGGAGAUACAUCAUCAUAAUACUUUUAACAAUUUGCAAUUGAAAAGGAGAGUCAGGCCUUCCUUAUUAACGCCUUUGUGGAAGGCAGGAGCCUUUGCAAUGGGGGCUGGUACCGCAUUGAUUUCUCCAGAAGCAGCUAUGGCUUGUACUGAAGCUGUCGAGACAGUAAUCGGAGGGCACUACAAUGGCCAAUUGCGAAACUUGGCCAAUCAAUUCAAUUUAGAAAGAACAGAUGGAACAAAGGGUCCAAGUGAGGAAAUCAAAUCCUUAACUUCUACUAUCCAACAGUUCAGGGAUGACGAGCUAGAGCAUCUAGACACCGCUAUCAAGCAUGAUUCGUAUAUGGCAGUUCCAUAUACAGUUAUCACUGAAGGUAUUAAAACGAUUUGCAGAGUAGCUAUAUGGAGUGCCGAAAGAAUUUAA